CCAAAUUAGAAGAUUGAGAGUUGGUAAGCGACUUUUUUUGGGUCCUAGUAUAAAGAGAUACAAUAAUCAUGGUAAAGGGGCUCUGCUAAAUUAGAAAUUGAAUUAGGAAAUGGCAAACAACAACUACAUUUCCUCUGUUCUGAAGUCGUUGCUUGUGCUUCUUCUUCACCUUGUCUUCUUGAAUCAGCAGCAGAAUGCUGAAUCUGCCUCUACCGUCAAGUUUCUUCCUGGUUUUGAGGGCCCUCUUCUCUUUGAGCUUGAAACCGGGUAUAUUGGUAUCGGUAAGGAAGAGGAACUGCAACUGUUCUACUACUUCAUCAAAUCUGAGAGGAAUCCAGAAGAGGACCCUCUUCUUCUCUGGCUAAGUGGUGGACCUGGCUGCUCUUCCAUCUCUGGCCUUCUUUAUGAGAAUGGGCCUCUGAAGAUGAAGCUUGAUGUUUACAACGGAACUCUCCCUUCUUUGGUCUCUACUACAUAUUCAUGGACAAAGACCUCGAGCAUUAUAUUCUUGGAUCAACCUGUUGGAACUGGCUUCUCCUAUUCAAGAACCACACAGUUUAAUAAACCCAGUGACUCAGGAGAAGCCAAACGGAUCCAUGAGUUUUUGCAGAAGUGGCUAGGCAAGCAUCAAGAGUUUUCCUCCAACCCUUUCUAUGUCGCCGGAGAUUCUUAUUCCGGUAUGGUUGUUCCAGCUACCGUUCAAGAAAUCUCAAAAGGAAACUAUCAAUGCUGCAAUCCUCCAAUAAACCUCCAGGGCUAUGUGCUCGGCAACCCGGUAACUGACUAUACAGUUGAUUAUAACCACCGCAUUCCAUUUGCUCAUGGAAUGGCCCUGAUCUCUGAUGAACUCUACGAGUCUUUGAAGAGAGUCUGCAAAGGAGACUAUGGUCACGUUGAUCCACAUAACACAGAAUGCUUGAAACUCAUUGAAGAAUAUAAGAAGUGUAUAAGCAGAUUAUACCGAUCAUUUAUAUUAUAUCCAUUGUGCGAAACUGAAACUCCAAAUUGCUAUAUUUAUCGGUAUUUUCUAACUACCCACUGGGCCAAUGACGCUGCUGUGCGGGAAGCUCUUCAAAUCAAUAAGGAGAGUAUAGGGGAAUGGGUACGAUGUUAUUUCGGUAUGCCUUACACUAAUGACAUUAAAAGUAGCAUACCUUACCAUGUGAAUAACAGCAUCAGUGGUUAUCGUUCUCUCAUCUUCAGUGGUGAUCACGAUUUGGAGGUACCUUUCCUUGCAACUCAGGCUUGGAUAAGAUCUCUUAACUAUUCCGUCAUUGAUGAUUGGAGGCCAUGGAUGAUCAAAUAUCAAAUCGGGGGAUACACAAGGACUUAUGCAAAUAAAAUGACAUUUGCUACUAUCAAAGCAAUGGACACACACCAGAGUAUAAACCAGAUGAAACAUUUAUCAUGUUCCAAAGGUGGAUCAAUGGCCAACCUCUAUAAAAGAACAGAGUCUAUAUGGUUCUACCGUUCUACACAUUCUAAAAGUCAUAAUUGUAUAUUAAAUAAGUUUGUAAGCAAGGGUCAACAUGCUUUUCAAGCUUUGCUACAUCUGCAUUUCACUUCUUUAAAAGAAGUUAAAUUCUUUACACACACACAAAAAAAAAAAAAUACAUAUAUAAUCUAUAAAUAAAAUAUUGAUUUUUUUUUU